GUAUCAUUUGCAACUCAGUCCGGCCGUAUCGGCUUUUAAAUAUUUACUUUAUUUCAUUGCACAGUUACUUUUAUGUGACGAGUCCAUGUCUUUAUUUUCAAUAUUUCAAAUUAUCGUACAGGUACUAAUUUUUCGUCACAUUGCUCACCUAAAAGUCUGCCUAGGUAGGUCCGCAGAUAGGCAUCGUAAAAUCCAUAUAAAAGAGGGAUGAAAAAAAGAAAAAGGAAAAGAAAAAAAAAGGGUACGAAAUACGUACCUUGUACGCCUAGGUAUCAUGUCAAUAGGCGCUAUUACGGGCAGCAGCGGAAAGAACUACCUUCGUCGUACAUCCCAUCCCCCAUCCACAUCCCCAUCCCCAUCCUAAUAGUAUGUACUUAGAGAGCCCCACCAAGAUGGACAUAAGUCAGGACUCCCACAAGUUUUGAGAGAGAUCUUUUAGUUAGACAUUUGCCAAAGUCUGGCACAUCAUAUUAUCAUCACUUCUUACUCUUUUUUACUUUCUUCUCCUUUUCUUUUCCUUACCAAACAUCAUUCUUGGGGGCCAUCCCUCGGCCCAGAUUUUUUUCACAAACCAUUAUUCUUUUUUCGUACUGUAACGCUUUUAAUUUGAACCCAUCCUUAUCUAAAGUGUAGCCCGUAGCCUCUGGGUACCUCGAUUGCCAUGACAACCCCGAUCGACGCAGACAGGCGUCGACUGGAGCAGCCGCAAGGCAGCUCCAACAGUCUAGCCGAUCGUACCGAUGCCGCUGCGAAAUCCUCAGAGCGUGCGCCAGCUGUACGCUUCUCAUCCAUAGUUGACGAGAUCGACCCUCCCAUUGCGUUGUUUGGUACUCCGGAAUACCGGAGGGAUAGCAUAGCCAACCCCGACCUAAUAAAGGCUUUGACCAAUUCGAUCCACGGCGCCCAGCUCCAGGAGCAACGGCUGCAAAAUUAUUCGUUUGAUCCAGUUUCGCUUCCUCCUUCUAGGGUGGCGUCCAACGAGACUACGCCUGGCGCAACUCCCCAGCACAGCCAUAGCCCCAUGAGCCAUCCUUCGCCCCGAUUGAGCCCUAAAGCUCCCGAGCUGGUAUCACCACCACUCACACCAGCCGGGACUUCCGGGGCAGAUUCCUCUAGUAAGAGCGCAAAAUCGGUCCGAAUUUUAAGUUCCGAUGGAGGCUUUGAUUCGCAGGCCAUAACACCACAGGCUUCAGGCCAGGAUUCGAGACCCGUUUCACCACGAGUGGGGCUACCUCAUCGGCCUGCCUCCACUGACAACAUAUCACAACGUUCGACCGCGGUUGAUGAGCAAGAUGGUGGUGCCCGUUCGCACCGGAAGGGGAUGUUCAGUAUUGGUGGCCAGUCUCUACCUGUAUCUAGGGAAUCCAGUCCGUCGAGGAAUGCCGCAUCUCAAUACUACUCACGACCCUUUACCCCUCAGGGGGAUGUCAAUGACCCGUAUGCCGCAAGCAAACGGCCUAUGCAAAACAAGCCCGGCGGCAAUAUCGACCAGAGAUUUGUCUUCUCUAGAAAGAAGGGGCGCAGUUCGCCCUCCUCUUCUACGACUAACUUAACAAAGACUGACAGGCAAGAGAAACGACUCUCUGGUCUCUUCGCAAAUAAGAAUAAGUCUGGUGAACUGCACCCAACGGGUACCGGGUCUACGACACAUAGUGCGCAUGGAUCUAUGUCUGAUCUAAAGAGAUUUUUCAAGGUCGGAGUUGGCCACAAGUCGAAGAAAUCGAUAUCCCCGUCUCCUUUGGGCUCUAGACAAGCUCAUCAAGUUCCAUUUGCCGACGACCAUGGUCUGACGUCCAAAUAUGGAAAGCUUGGCCGAGUACUUGGAUCUGGUGCCGGAGGUUCCGUUAAACUGAUGAAAAGGACAGAGGACAACACCGUUUUUGCAGUGAAGGAAUUUCGCCCCCGUCAUUCGUACGAGACCGAGAAAGAGUAUGUUAAGAAGUUGACGGCGGAGUUCUGUAUCGGGUCCGCCUUACAUCAUGGCAACAUCAUCGAGACACUGGACAUCGUGCAGGAGAAGGGAAAGUGGUACGAAGUCAUGGAAUACGCUCCUUUUGACCUAUUCGCCAUAGUAAUGACGGGAAAGAUGUCGAAGCCGGAAAUUACCUGCUGCUUCCUUCAAAUACUUAGUGGUGUGACCUAUCUUCAUAGUUCCGGUCUCGCCCACCGGGAUCUGAAACUGGAUAACGUCGUCGUUAGCCAGCAUGGCAUUAUGAAGAUCAUCGAUUUUGGCAGCGCCCAUGUGUUCAGGUAUCCUUUUGAGUCGGAACUUGUGUUGGCUUCUGGCGUUGUUGGCUCCGAUCCGUACCUUGCCCCGGAAGUUUACGAUGAGCGCAAGUACGAUCCUCAGGCAGUGGACAUCUGGUCACUAGCUAUUAUCUUCUGCUGCAUGUCACUCCGGAGGUUCCCUUGGAAGGUCCCGCGCUUGUCGGAUAAUUCAUAUAAGCUUUUUGCAGCGGAGCCAUCCCCCGGCCACGAUCCCAAGAAGCUCAUCCUUCCUUCAAGGUCAACCAACGAUCUUUCGAGCAUUCCACAACGUGACAUUUUCACGGAUGAAUCGAAGCAGCAAAAACCCAAAGGUAGCGAUCCAGCUACUACUACAGGCGGCGACAGCAAUGCUCAGGAGAAGAAAGAAGUGAUUAGAGGACCGUGGCGGCUAUUGCGACUACUUCCUAGAGAGAGUAGGCAUAUCAUUGGGCGCAUGCUAACGAUAGAUCCCAAGAAGCGAGCUCAAAUGACCGAGAUCCUCGACGAACCUUGGGUAUCGGACACGGUCAUUUGCAGGCAGGUUAGCCACGGACAAGUGAUUCAUGCAGAGGACCAUACACAUGUUCUUGAACCUCCCGCACCGCCUAGCAAGUAGGGACGCGAGGGGGGGCUGGAAGGUGUUAAAUAGUGUAUUUGGAUCAUAGGAGGGGAAGGAACAGUCUUCCUUCGGAGUUUGUGGAGUUAGGCAUUUUCUCAAACAUAUUACCUUCAUCGGCAUAGUGGGAGGGGGAAUGGGGCGAAUGCGGAAGGGUGCAAACCAUACAGGUUCAUAGCGGAUAUAGACUAGAGUAUAUGCGACUGUGUAUAGAGAGUUUCAGGUAGAUUAUUGCUCAGCGGUCUAUCUUCUAAUGCGAUGUAUUUCGAUUCUAUGUAUUUAUUAUCUCUUGAGGUCGGUGUGAUUUAAUAGACUUCGAUAGAGGUACCUGGUAGUACAUAGGUAUGCACACAGAUGUAGCGGCUUACUUAAUAUAGGCGU